ACGUCAUCAUCAUGCGCCGGGAAGCGAUCGCAUGCGCAUGCCUGUGUUGUAGAAGUAAUCCGUUGAAUAUUUAAACCUUACUGAAAACAUUUAUCAUUAGUUAAAGGUUUAGAAUAAUCGUUGAGCGCUAAAGGAAUCAUGGAUGACGAAGAGGAAACUUACAGGCUGUGGAAGAUUCGUAAAACCAUCAUGCAGCUGUGCCACGACAGAGGCUACCUCGUGUCGCAGGAAGAGUUGGAUCAGACCCUGGAGGAGUUCAAGAUGAAGUUUGGAGACCAACCCAGACGCACAGAUCUCAACGUCCUAGUGGCGCACAAUGAUGACCCUACUGACCAGAUGUCUGUUUUCUUCCCUGAGGAGCCCAAGGUGGGGAUCAAAACGAUUAAGAUGUACUGUCAGAAGAUGCAAGAGGAGAACAUCACUAGGGCCAUCAUUGUAGUUCAGAUGGGAAUGACGCCAUCUGCUAAACAGUCCUUAGUGGACAUGGCACCUAAAUACAUACUGGAACAGUUUCUACAGCAGGAGUUACUCAUCAACAUCACAGAACACGAGCUUGUACCAGAACACACAGUAAUGACAAAAGAGGAAGUGACAGAACUUUUGGCACGAUAUAAACUGAAGGAAAGUCAGUUACCGAGGAUCCAGGCUGGGGACCCCGUGGCCCGCUACUUUGGGCUGAAAAGAGGACAGGUUGUGAAGAUCAUCAGACCAAGUGAAACAGCUGGAAGGUACAUCACCUACAGACUGGUCCAGUGACAGGUAUUGCAGUGGAUUGCAAUGAUUUUGGAGGAGCAGUAAAGAAGAAAGAAGUUCCAGCAACAUUCAUCCUGGGAUUCUAUUUGCCUGUGUAUUUCAUUUUUUUUUAAGUUUUGCAAAAUAAACAACAAAAACACAACUAAAUGUAUCAUUAUU